AUGGAUUUACAAUUCAAACAAAUUGUAGGUAAUAUAUUAUUAUCAAAGAGUUAUACAUGUUCUCAGUCUUUCCUAGAUCAGUUAACUGAAUUAUCUAUAGAAUAUUUUGAUGGAUUAAUUUCAAAUUUGGCAGAUUAUACAAAAUUACAAAGAAGGCGACUUCCAUCAAAAUCAGAUUUAAAUACAUUACUAAAAUUAAGAAAGAUAUCAUUAAAUGGGAUAGUUGAUGAGAAAAUAAAUAGUAAAGAUAUUAAGCAUAUAAAUCUUAUUGAAGAAUCUGAAACUUCAUCUUAUAAUGAACAAUAUUCAAUAACAAAAUUAGUUCCAAGAAUCAACGAACGGCCAAAUUAUAUACCAUCAUAUUUACCUGAUCUACCACCAGAUUAUACAUAUCAAUCCACUCCAGAAUAUACUGAGACAUUAACAGAUUUAAAAAAAUUAAGAAUUAAACUUGUUGAAGAAUCAAGAUUGACUGAAAAAUCAUUAUAUAAAUUAAUUGAAAAUGAUGAAAUAGAAUGGAAGGAAAAACUUGAAAAAGAGUUGCUGGUAUUAGAACCGGAACCGAUAGAAGAAGUGAAACCUGUGGAGAAUAAGGAAACAGAGGAGGAAUUUAAAUUUGAUUUUACAAAAUAUGCAAAUCAAAGAAGAGAAGCACUUGAAAAGCGAGCUAAUAUGGUGGAGAAUAAACGAAAGCAGAGGAAACAGAAUAUAUUUAUGGAGGCAGAGGUAUAUUAUUCUCCGUAUUUGACUAAACAACCAACAGAGGAAAUUAAUAAAUAUUUUCAAGAAAUUUUACAUAACGAGUUUAAACAUGUAAUCAAGUCAAUUAGACAUCAAACAGAAUUAAAAGAAGAAAGAUUGAAGAAAGAGAGAGAGUUGAAAGAGGCGGAAUUAGAAGAGAAGAGAAGAUUAAAUGAAAUUCAAUUCAAUUUUCAGCAGCAUUAUAGUGGCUCUGAUUCAGAAAGUGAGGAAGAUAAAUUUGAUGAGAUACUAUUUAGUGAAAAGACAGAAGAAGUACCUAAUGUAACCGGAUCCAAUGAAGCUCAAGCUAGUGAACCAGAUCAAGGACAAUCAAAAUUACAAUCAACUGAACCACAAUCAAAACCGCAAUCUACUGAACCACCAUCAAAAUCACAAUCAGUUGAACCACAAUCGAGACUACCAACGAUUGAAGAAUCUGCUUCAAUUCAACCAGAUAUUGAUUCAGAUGAGAUGGAGUUUGAUGAUAUAGUCUCCAAAAAAUCUGAAUCAAAUGACGUCAAUGUAACCAUUAACCAGGGGUCAGAUAAUUUUGCCAAGGCACAACAAAAUAAUGAAAAUGAACUACUACCAGAUCAAAAUGAUCUACAACUUGAUCAUGAGUUGAAUGCUGGUUUUGAAUUAUCAUCUGAUGAUGAUAUGGAAGAUGUUGUAUAG